AUGCCACCCCAAUCUGAAGGAUCCGACCUACCCAAACGCAGCUGUAUCCGAUGCAAUCGCCGAAAAGUGCGCUGCGAUCGAAAACACCCCUGCGCUCAAUGCCUCCAAGCCAAUGCCGAGUGCAUCCAUCCAGGGAACAAACGCGCACCACGGAAGCUGAACCGGCCGCCAAUUGCGGCGCUACGUACUCGGCUACAGCAGCUCGAAGAGGAAGUGGAGAGGCUACAGGCCGGCGGGAAGCGACCUGCGUUGCGAUCACGAUCGGCCGAUGAAGUCGAUCGGCGACAACCACCACCGCCGCAUGUCGAGGCUAAACGGCUGCGUGGGAUGUUGGUGGUUCAGGAUGAGACGAGAAGUCGCUAUGUAGGAGAUGAAGCGUCUGUUGUUUUAAGAGAUACGAUUCCUGGACUACAAGAGCUGUAUGGCCAUUCUUGGGACAGGGAGCAUCCUGGGCCGGAAUCGGAGUUGGGCGUCGACGCUGGGCGCGUUGAUUCGCUUCAACCCCAGCAGAUGAAGACGCUGUGGCAGGUGUACAAAUCGAACGUUGCCCCUAUGAUCACGGUUUUGCACUCCCCCUCGAUCGAGUCCGUCAUUGGUGAAGCUUGUGCUACGCCCGAUGUUGAGCUGGACCCAGAAUCAGCCGCGCUGGUUCAAACGGUCUUCUUCGCAGCAGUGGUGAGUAUGGAUCCAGCGCAUUGCUGGUCAGUCGUCGGUGAAGAGCGUGAUGUCUGCCUGCGCGAGUUCCGACUUGCCGUAGUGCGAUCUUUGGAAAAGGCCGACCUAGUCAGUUCCGACGACGUCCGGGUUCUGCAGGCUGCCGUUCUAUAUCUACUAUGUCUGCGCUGCGUAUGCGAUUCCAAGCAGAUAUGGGUGGAAGCAACAAUAGUAGUACGCGUGGCGCAACGACAGGGAAUCCAUCGCGACGGUCAGAAACUCGGACUGAGUCCGUUUGAUAUCGAAACGCGGCGUCGGCUUUGGUCCUACAUCUGCAUUCUGGAUAUCCUGUGCUCCGAAGACCAGGGGACUGACACCCAGAUUCAACCGGAGAUGUUCGACACGAGACCUCCACUGAAUAUUGACAGCGAUGACCUUUCGUCUGAUAUGACCGAAUUGCCCUCUCCUCGAGCUGGGUUUACUGAUAUUACAUUAUGCAUCAUACAGUGCGAGAUCAUGGCCCAUCUGUCUUGGACCAGCCUAUCUUUUGGUUCGGACGGCCAUCAGUCAUCCUUGGCAGAUGAACAAAAUCCCCUGUCCAACUUAGCAGCCAGUCUUGAGGAACGGUAUCUACAAAAGUUUGACCUAAAGAUCCCGAUCCAGUGGGUAACCGCCGUGAUCUUUCGUCUCACCCUAUCCAAAGCAUCGCUGGUCCAUCGUCUUUCUAAGACAGCGGCAGAUAAAGAGUCCACCGCCACAGAUGACGCAAUCUUCAACCUAGCCGUGGAGAUCUUGAAGUUUGCCAGUCUGCUGCAGAACAAUGAAAUGUCGGCACCGUGGGCAUGGCUCUGCAAAAGCUACAAACAAGAACAUGCUGUGGCUUUGAUCCUCUCUCAGCUCUGUUCUCGACCUAUCUCGCCGGAAACAGAUCAUGCGUGGGAUUUGGUGAAAGGGGUCUAUGACGAAUGGCAGGAGACUCAGCAAACUAACUCCCAGAUGGAGGAGCCUGUGUCGCGGCUAAUGGAGCGGGCAAAAUUUUCAAGGAGACAAAGGGGAGCUGUCGAGUGA